UGAAACCUGCUGUCAAAGCACGAAAUUUUACGUACUUUUGCACGUCGCAAAUCGUGCAAUGGCCCGCUGUAAAAAGUGAACCAUUUUGCCAGUAAAAGCAACACAGUUACAAAAUAUACGGGGCAGCUGUAAAUAGAGAAAGGAACACUUUUCUUACCACACACGAUUGUGCAAGCGGACUAUGGCCAGCUGUUUCCAGUACCCUGUUCGUGUACAUUCGUUUUUUCACCAGAAUUUUGUCCACAUUAUCAACCUGUCGCAAUCAUCAAGCUUCUCUACAGUUAUUCGCUACAGUGACCGUGAACUAGCACGGGACCGAGACGUUCACCUUUCUAUGCUAACAGUUUGAACGGUUUGUUUUACCUUAAACCCCGUAAUUUGUGAAACAAUCGGUAAAGUAUUGAACAGUAAGCUUUCCCCGUCGGUUUGCCAUCGUUCUGCCCCCGAUGGAUUCCACAUCGAGUGAUGCCGGUAAGGAAGAUGACGAUGAAAGUUCGUCCUCCUCAACGAGCGAAUCGGAAACAACCUCACCGAAGCGUUCAGAGUUGGAUGAUUUCCGCGCUAAAUGGCAGCAGGAACUGAAGAGGGAACAGCCCACAACCAAUGCACCGGUUGCGGCCGUUGUCCCGAACGGGGAAAAAGAUUUCGUAGAGCAUCAGGCCCGUACGCUCUUCCAGGAAGGAUCGGAUCUCGAACGAAAGGGUAAAGUGUUCGAAGCCAUGCGCCUCUAUCGCCGUGCCACGCAGCUCGUGCCGGACAUCGAGUUCCGGGUGUACGAUAAAAAGCAUAUAAAACCGCAGGAAGAUAAUAGCGAUACGAAUGCAAGAAUCGUCGAUGGACUGAUGGAACGCAUGAUGGAGGCGAACAUAGACGAAGACGAGGAAAAUCUGGAAAACGUUGAUCUUGCUUUACGCUUCCAAACACUGAUGGCCCGAUCGGGGAAACUGUUCGAACGUGCCAGCGGCGACCGGAAGCUUAUUGUGACGGCGGCUCACUUUUCGGACCUACCGAUGGAACUUAUCCUGUACAUUCUGCGCUGGGUUGUGUCGAACGAUUUGGACCUGAAGUCGCUCGAAUGUUUUGCAUCCGUUUGCCGGGGGUUCUAUCUGCUUGCGAGAGAUCCGGAAAUUUGGCGCCAUGCCUGCAUGAGAAUUUGGGGCGUAAACUUGGGUGUGCUGAAGGGAACACCCUACAGUUCCUGGCGCGAGAUGUACAUUAACAGACCGCGAAUACUUUUCCACGGAUGCUACAUCAGCCGGACCAGCUAUCUGCGUUCGGGUGAGAACAGCUUCCAGGAUCAGUUCUAUCGUCCAAUCCAGCUGGUGGAAUACUAUCGAUACUUUCGUUUCUUCGCGGACGGUAAGGUCCUAAUGCUAACAACGGCUGACGAACCACAACAAUGUGUCGUUAAACUGAAGCCACGAUGCCCCACACAGAAUGAAAUACUGCGUGGACACUAUCGAUUGCAUGACGACGUCGUAAUCGUAGUCAUUCAACGUAACCGUCCACCGGCGUCCGCACAAAUGCAGCGUCCGGGUCGUAAAGUGCGUGAUAUUGAGCCGGAAUAUGGACAGCAAACGUUCCUAAUGGAGCUGCAGAUCGUAAGCACCGCCAAACGGCCAUUCAGCCAGCUGCACUGGAAACAGUACACGAUGGUGCAGCAGCGUAACAACCAGGAGAAAACGACCCAGUUCGAUCUAACCACCACCAAGUAUCCACCGUUGUACUUUUCGCGCGUCAAGAGCUACCAUCAGGAAUCGGAAGGACCAUUGAAGUAAACAUCCCAUAGCGGACGCUCCUUGCGCAUGGAGCAUAAACAAAUGCAGCAAACACACACCUUACACAAGCAGAGAGAGAGAGAGAGUAGUGGUUUAUUUUUUGCAUAUUUUUUUACCUGUAGCUAGUAGUAUGGAAACAAUCGUUACUAAUUUUAAUCACUUCAAGCGAAAUCAGUUAGUAUCGCUAACUGCUGAAACUAAGAUGAAAAAAGAACAACAACAUAACAGAAUUUAAUCGGUGUCGGAGCAGUGAAGCUGUGAAAUGCAUCCUAAAUGAUGAAUAAAUCAGUGUUAUAAAAG